CCAGAAAUACAAACCAAGUUGUUUCAAAUGUAUCUGCUCUGUGUGUCCCUCACAGUGGAGAACGGAGAGCACUGUGACUUCACCAUCCUCCGAAAUAUGCUCAUCCGCACUAACAUGCAGGACCUGAAGGACGUGACGAACAAUGUUCACUACGAGAAUUACCGCAGCAGGAAACUCGCUGCAGUCACGUAUAACGGCAUGGACAACAACAAGAACAAGGGACAGCUCACCAAGACUGAGACAUCUGACAGCAUGAGUCCUCUGGCCCAGAUGGAGGAGGAGCGGCGGGACCACGUGUCCAAGAUGAAGAAGAUGGAACAGGAGAUGGAGCAGGUCUUUGAGAUGAAGGUGAAGGAGAAGCUGAUGAAGCUCCGAGACUCCGAGGCCGAGCUCCAGAGGCGUCACGAGCAGAUGAAAAAGAACCUGGAGUUGCAGCACCGAGAGCUGGAGGAGAAACGCCGGCAGCUGGAAGAGGAGAAGAACAGCUGGGAGGCUCAGCAGAGGAUCCUGGAGCAGCAGAAACUCGACGCCUCCAGGUAACCACACAUCUUACUUAUA